AUGGCCAAGAAGCGGCGCACCAAGAAGCGGAAGGGAACCAGAACGAAACAAGACCCCGCCCAGGGCGCCUCAAGCAUGUCCACCACCGACGAGCUCGCCUCGCACUCGAGCGACGGCCUGUCCAGCGGCGUGCGCGAGAGCGAGAGCGCUGCGACCGAGAUGACGAGCAUCAUGAGCACCGAAGAGACCUCCCAGGCCGGUCUCGACGCCGAUGACGAUUGGAACUCGCAGGAGGAGGAGAUUAUGGAGGUCGACGAGGAAGACGACGACGACGAUAACUUUUCCGUGUUCGCGCCCAGCCAUUACCCACGACCGAGCGAGUCGCACCGCACCGAGAUGCCCUAUGGCAUGGCCCAGAGCCAUCAAGACAUGUCGUCAACGCGGUCCUUCAUGGAGCGAGAGCUGGAUUAUCAAUGGGAAAACGGCCGUCGGUACUGUGGCCCGCACUACCACCUCCCGAACGAUGAGUGGGAAAUGUGCCGCAUGAGCCUGAUCCACCGAGUAUACCUACAUGUUUUCGACGGCAAGCUGAGCACGGUGCCGCUGGAGAACCCGACAAGAGUGUUGGAUAUUGGCACGGGCAUCGGCGAGUGGGCGAUCGGCAUGGCGGACGAGUUCCCGAACUGCGAAGUUAUCGGCACCGAUAUUUCCGCCAUCGCGCCCACGUCAAUACCGAUGAACUGCUUCUUUGAGGUGGACGACGCCGAGCUGGAGUGGGAACGCGAGCUGAACUCGUUCGACCUUGUGCAUUUCCGCCACAUGAUGGCGGCGUUCACAGACUGGAACUUCAUCUACCAGGAAGCCUACAAGGUCAUCAAGCCCGGCGGCUGGAUCGAACUGCUUGAGUGGGAUGACCAGCAGGGCUUCAAGAAGUUCUUGUCAGAAUUCCCUCCCUCGUCCGAGAUACACGAGCUUCAGAGGGACCUCACGAUCGCGGGCCAAAAAGCCGGCCGCGCCAGAGGUGUAUCACACAUGAACCCCAAAAUGUUGAGCGAUGCCGGGUUCACAGACAUCAAACUUACAGAACACACGAUCCCGAUCAACGUCGAGACGGGCGAGGGUAAGUUGUGGUUGAUCGUCUGCAUUGACGGCUUGGAGGCAGAGUGCCUGAGGCCGUUGACGACAUACAUGGGCUGGGAGCCAGACAAGGUCAAGGAGGCGUGCCAUAACGUUGCAAAGGAGAUGGCCCGUCUGGCAAGGGAUCCCAUCAAGUCUCACGGGCUGAUUGUCAAGGCUCGAGUGUUGGUCGGGAGAAAGCCGCUCAAUGCGCCGGUGCCGCCAGUGAGAACCUUCCCGACUUCUUUGGACGAGGCGUCAGAAACCGACGAUACGGCGAGAGAGGACAACCACAGCAGGCGAAGGGCUGACGAGGACGCAUCCGAGGCAUAA